AUAGUUUUAAUGUACUUCAUCACUUCCUCACUCAACCAAAAGGAGAACCCUAAACCUCAAGAUGGGGAUUCUUCACAAACAAAACCUGUCCUUUGUGAUACUUCUCCUCCUUGGCUUCUGCGCCGUCUCUUACGCUUGCGACUGUAGUGACCCUCCAAAACCAUCUCCACACCCCGUUAAACCGCCUAAACCACCAACCGUCAAACCACCACAUCACACUCCAAAACCACCCACCGUCAAACCACCUCACCACACUCCAAAACCACCCACCGUCAAACCACCUCAUCAUAACCCAAAACCACCCACCGUUAAACCACCUCAUCACACCCCAAAACCACCUCCUUACACUCCCAAACCACCCACCGUCAACCCACCUCAUCACACCCCGAAGCCUCCCACCGUCAAGCCUCCACCUCCAUACACUCCAUCCCCUCCACCUUACACUCCAAAACCGCCCACCGUCAAGCCACCACCUCCGUACACUCCUUCCCCUCCACCUUACACUCCAGAACCCCCCACCGUCAAGCCACCACCUCCACACACUCCAUCCCCUACGCCUUCUCCUCCACCGCCAACUCCAACCCCACCAGUCGUAACCCCGCCAACACCGCCAACUCCAACCCCAGAGACGCCAUGUCCGCCACCUCCACCAACUCCUUGUCCUCCUCCACCUCCGGCACCAACGCCUGAACCGGAGACGUGCUCUAUAGACGCACUGAAGCUAGGCGCCUGCGUGGACGUGCUAGGCGGCUUGAUUCACAUCGGACUAGGAAAAAGCUACGCAAAGGCAACUUGUUGCCCAGUUCUUGGAGGUUUAGUGGGUCUUGACGCAGCGGUUUGUCUUUGCACCACCAUUAGAGCCAAACUUCUCAACAUCGACCUCAUUAUUCCAAUUGCUCUUGAGCUUCUCGUCGACUGUGGCAAGACUCCACCUCGUGACUUCAAGUGUCCUGCUCCACAGAAAAAGACUCCUCUCUUGGCUUGAUCUCUUUGUGUUUCUUUUGAUUCAGUAAAAAUGGUUUGAGACCUUAAGAUCUAGGUUCUUCUAUAUGUUUACGAUCGCCUAAACAGGGAUUAAGAAGGAUCUAUAUUCUGUUAUUGCUCUAAAUUAAAAAGAAAACUUUAUGUAAUUGUAAGGUGAUUGUUUGAAUAAUGUUAUAUGAAAUUAAAAUUUCAAGGA